CCAACAGCAAUGCCUUCAGUUAACGGUCACCCUGACAAGUCCGCCUCCAUACGACAGGGUUCCUGGGAGGAUGCGGCUGCCGCCGCCGCUUGCGGCACCGAGGAGGAUAUGGGCACGCAUUAUGUGCAGUCGCAUCCAACACCAAAGAUUUCUGACGACGCCUUGGCCGUCCUGACAAAUACUCGCGGGCUGCUUUUGCUGCCCUUAAACAGUGACUGUAUCGGCCACUACCUCGAGGCUCCCACGGAAGCUGUUCGAAAUGAGUAA